AUGGUGCUCGUCGCCGCCGCCGCGGACGGCAGGGGGUCCGUCGCUCCAUGGGCGGGGGUUCCUCCGACGAGGAAGCCCGACGCGGGGGCUCCUAAACCCGUCAACUUUCCGGGCCAGAGGGGCACUGCUGCAUGGGGCAACAAAUCGGCGCUCCCAUCAUCAAAUGCAUGGGGUUCACCUUGGCUACCGGAUCACAAGAAUGAUGGAGCUUCUGCCCAACCUGGCCACAUGGAUGACCGUCCUUCUUCACGAGGAAGCUCGAUGUCAUCAUCAACAAUCGGAAGUGACUUCCUUGACUUACCAUCACACCAUUUGCCAACUGCUGCAAGUCGUCCUCUAAGCACAGAGGCAAGAUCAGGGAGCUUGCAACUUUCUGGUUUUCCAGAUUCUUACACCAAUGUUCUGAAAGCACCAUUCAGAAACGUUGGCAGACGGGCACCUACAUCACGGGGGAAAGGUUUCAGCCUAAGUCUGGAUGACUUCCCGGAACUUGGCUCCAAAAAUUCCGCGUCAAACAGUCAACAAGGACAAAAUUCAGGAAGGUGGCCAACUGUUGGUUCUGGUAUGGUGGUGACACAAGAUGAGCAAGGAAAGAACCUGAUAACUGGAACUGGUGAGGUAAUUUCGUCUUGGAGUUAUGAGCAUGAAAGUAGCUCAGGAAUGAACUACAUGUUCAAAGGUGGUGAUCCUAUUCCUGCUGCAAAGUUGACAAGGGGUGCUGAGCAGGCUCAACUGCAUGGUCCAAAAGGUCCUAAUAUAUGUAUGCCUCCUCCGUGGGUGGAUUACUGGCAUCCUCCUCCUGAUCAACCUCCUGAUGAAGAUGGAAUAUUGCACAGAGGAGAGGCACAGUAUGGUCCAUACAAGAAUGCAGACCCUAUUGGCUUCCCUGCUGAAUCGCUUGCUCAUUUUGGUCAGUCCACACUCAACAAGAAGGCGGCAGCAAGGCAGCAUAGUGGACAUGGUGGGCACUUUUCAGAUAACUGGGAUCCAUCUCAUCCUCACAUGCCUGCUGAUUGUUGUGCCAUAAAUCAACCUUGCCACGUUCUUCUGAAGGUCAAGAAUGGUUGUGCAGAUGUACUUGAGAUUGAGAAGCAACCUAUCAUCAAGAAGGAUCUGGCCCUCUUAGAGAAAAUAAAGUGUCUAAACAUCAAAGCUAGAAAUCUUCGUGCUCUUAACUUGGCCAAUACACGUUCAUCUCUACCCAAGGAAUCCAAGGUUGAACACCCAAAAAGCAUUAAUGUCGAGGCAGAUCACGCAGCAGAAUAUGUUCCCUUCAGUGCUGUCACCAGUGAGGUUGGUACUGCAUUUGACAAGCUUAAUUCUGUUUCUGAAAGGAGCAGUUCUGUGCCAACUAAACCAUCAAAUGUGCCUGCUAAGGGUGUAGUUGUUGUUGGUUUGUCAGAAGAACAAGUUACUGAAUAUAGUGAACCAGGAAAAGCUGGUAAAUCUGCUAAUUGCCAUCCAUAUGGAAGAGGUGAUAUCUCAGGAUAUGGGCUUGACUGUUCUGCUCAGGACAUACCUUCUAAUGGACAUGGAUGGGAGGAGUACUCGAUGGUUGACUCUUCACACGGAGUUGUUACGGCAGAUGCUCAACAGGACCAACUUUUUUCUGGGAACGCCUCACAGCAGGCACAUGUGACAGCUGCUGAUAAGGUGUCAAAUUGGCUCGAUUGUGAAUUUCAGCAUUCCAGAAUGAGAGAUUUGUCUUCUCAGGCUGCCAAACAACUACAUGAUGCAGAGAACUGGAUUAGUCAACAAAAAGCAAAUGCUAUUACAAAACUGGAAGAAUUGAGGAGGUAUCAGUCAAUACAGAGUCGCAAGUCCAAUGAUGCACCCCCAGAUGCAGAUAAUAUGUACUGCAAACAGAAAACACAAGGUGAUGGGACUACUAGUUCAACAGCAGGUACACAUUGUAUUGUCUCUGCUGAUGGUCUUAGUGUGCCUCAACCAGUAAAUGGAGUCAAGGUAACGGAAGUUUCUAUUGGUUCCAGCCCAGCGUCAAAUACUUCAGGUGUUAUUAAAGGUCCGUGGAUUUAUAAUGUCAUGUCUUCAGCCAAGAAAACAGAGGUUAACAUGAUAGAAUACAUUGCCAACGAAAGUACCCCACUUUCACAUGAUAACAGUACUCCAGAGCAUUUAUGGAUGGAGAAUAGGCGAAGGCAUUUUGAUUCACGUGAGAGAAAUAUGACCGAUAGCAAGACUCUUGCAGACACAAAGGGUGCUGAAGCUAAACCUCAUGAGGACCUCUUGACCAGGAACAAGAACAUCAGGAGGGAUUCUGAAGCAAUUAGGCCUGCAGCUACGCUUGUGUUUGGUAAUCAGAAGAGUUCUACAAAAGUCUCGAGUGUUCAUAAAACUGCGAUCAAUGGUUCUACAAUUCCUGCCAAGGUUACCUCUGUUACAGGUCUUAUUGUGGGUAGUAUAAUGAUUGAGGAUGUCUCACUUGCAUCGGUAAACCCAGAGUGGGCAGCAGCUGCUGUACAUGAUACAGCCACUAGCCUCUCAAGGCUGCAGCAGGUCAAGAAAUCAGAAAAGAAUCAGCAUGGUCUACAGCUUGCUGAGGAUUCAGUUUCGAAUGAUAGUGCCAUGUGCAAGACGAUUAAACAGACAGGCAGGAAAGAAGUGCACGCAGAAGGAUGUCCAAAUGGUAUGGCUGUUGCUGCUGCCACAGAACCAUCUGAAAGUCACAGUAUGGUUUUGGAGAAUGUGGCGCCAACGAAAAAGUGUGAAGUAGGAUGGUAUGCCCAGGAGCCUUUACAUGAAGAGCUGCAACAGCAGAAUGGGGUGCCAAUAUUACCAGGAGAGAACCAAACAUCUUAUGGUAAUAGGGCAAACUCCAAUUUGGAGACUAAGUAUCAUGAUAAAGAAGCACCUGCUAGUUCUACUGAAGUCAAAGUUGUAACUGAGCUCAACGACUGGCUGGAUAGGAAAACUACCUUGGAUUAUCAAGGGAGGCCUGGUGGUCCUUGGAAACAAAAGAGUGAUGGACUGGUUUCAAGGGUGCAAAAUGUUGCUGAACCGGCUGACUACUUCGAUGUGGCAAAUGUUGUACAGCAGUCUUCUGAUCAGUGGCAGCAAGGAGCGGAGCAAUUUGAGUCCAAGACCGAUGAUGGUACUGUGGACCAUUCAAAACAAACCCAAAUGGUCCCCUGGCCUGACAAUACUUGGGUAAAGCAUCGUGCAACUGACAAUCCAAGGCGCUACCAUGUUGAGGGCCAAAGAAAUGCGGUGAGGCGCUCUGGCUACGAGGAGAGGGCAAGAAGGGGACACUUCUUCCAUGAAUCACCAGCUCCGUCUAGGCUUCGCUGGAUGCCUAAAUACACCUUCCAUCCUCCGAGCGAUGCACAAGACAAUGGCGUUUCCGAAUGGUUGCAUGAUUCUCACCAAAUAGCUGAAGGAGAUGGUGGAGUGGAUCUGCAGGGUGGAGAAGACAAUGUAAGCUUUAGUUUCGUAGAUGAAAACCUGAUGAUAUGGAAUGAAAAAGAGUGGGAAUAUCAGCAGCCCAUCCCAGCACCACAUCGCCUUGGCCAGCAACAGGGCGGUAGGGGCCAUGGCUGGUACCAGGGGAGCGGCCGUGACACAGAUGGUGACAGUCAAAGGGGAAGAGGCAGACACUCAGAGUACCACUUCGUGGAGCCGGUAAGAUAUCGUCAUGCUGCACCUGACAUCCAGUGGAACCUCGGUGGUGCUGACAAUUAUCGGCCGCUGGUCUCUCCAAGUGCAGGAGUGCACAUGCAGCGCAGAUACUACAUUUAA